AUUCAGUGUCUAACCAAUCGGGGACCAGGUAUAAAACAGCUGAUCGUCGUGGCCGUCAGCAUCAGUAGCCUAACUCCGCUCGAACAUGAAGAUUCUAGUUCUUUUCCUCUUCGUGGUAGCCUGCGUUUUGGCGGAGGAUAAAUACACGACCAAGUAUGACAAUGUCGAUUUAGACACGAUUUUAGAGAGCGACCGUUUGCUUAAAAACUACAUAAACUGCUUGCUGGAAAAAGGAAACUGCACUCCCGAUGGCAAAGAGUUGAAAGCCCACCUUCCGGACGCGUUGACGACAGAUUGCAGCAAGUGCAGCGAGAAGCAAAAGAAGGGCACCGAGAAGGUCAUCCGGUAUCUGGUCAACAAGAAACCGGAAAGCUGGGAGCAACUUAAGAAAAAGUACGAUCCCACUGGCCAAUACAGUGCCAAGUAUGUAGACGAGGCGAAGAAGCAGGGAAUAAAUGUGUGAAUAAUUUAGAUUCUCAUCUCGUUGAAUAGAACAUCGAGAAAUCUAUCCUCUUUUUUCUUUUCUUUACACUGUUUGAAUCAAAUAAAUCCAUCCAAAU